AUGGCGGCGUUUGGCACGGACCGCUGGCUCAACGGCUUGGCAAAUCAUGACAUGUUCAAAAAAGUACGCGACAAGUUGGACUCGGAGCCCAAGACUUCCGAGCGCGCAGUCGCCAAAAAUCUCAUCUUUUGCUUGGGCGGCGACUUUUUCCUUUGGGACGACGUGGACCGCGUGUUUUACACGACCAGCCUGCGCCAGUUGAACACAGCGGAGGACCAAGGCGAGAGUUUCCAGACGCUGCUGUGCAUCAACCCGCCUCGUUUCCCGGUGUGCCAGCUCCUCCCAAGCCCCACGCAGGGCCACGUCGCGCUGGUGGGCCAGCGUGGCGUCUCGGUGCUGGAGCUCCCGCAGCGGUGGGGCAAAAAAUCUGAGUUCGAAGGCGGCCGUAGCUGCGUCAACUGCAAGACCACCCCGGUUGCCGAGCGCUUCUUCACCAGCUCACCGUCGGUGAGUCUUCGUCAGGCGGCUUGGUACCCCAGCGAGACAGGGGAGCCUCUCUUGGUGCUGCUCACGUCCGACAACACCAUCCGCUUUUACGGGUUGAAGGCCCCGCAAGCUCCGGUCAAAGUGGUGCCCGUGUCGCAGGCUGAUGACGACAGCGGCGUCCGGGCGCCGGCACGCUCCUACGCGGCUUCCCUCGGAGAAGUCGCCGUGGCCUUUGACUUCGGCCCGGUGGUGUACGUGCGGGAAAGGCCAGUCUACCCGCUUUACAUCCUCUACGAAACGGGCGAGACUUACCUGUGUCACACAUGCCAGGUGAACACGGUGAGCGUGGGCAAGCGAGUGGGCCCCCUGCCCAUGUACCCCGCGGCGGAGGACAACUACGGUUACGACGCAUGCGCCGUGCUCUGCCUGCCUUGCGUUCCCACCAUCCUGGUCAUAGCCACGGCGACUGGCACGCUCUACCACUGCGUGGUACUUGAGUCAGACGACGAUGAGGACGUCGACGCCGAGCCCAGGUGCCUAACUGGUAGUGUUCCGGCGCUCUACGUUUUCGAAUGCGUAGAGCUGGAGCUGACCCUGAAGGUGGCAGCGGCGGGCGACGAAGCAGAGGACGAGCCAGACUCGGCCUGCCCGCUUCGACUACACCGCGACCCGCUGUGCCCGCAGCGCUACCACUGCACCCACGAGGCAGGCGUCCACAGCGUGGGCCUGGCGUGGGCCAACAAGCUGUCAGCCUUCCUGCGGGCGGUCGAGGACGACCAGGACGGGUUGCCCGAGGCGCCGGCCGAGCGCCGUUGUGCUGUGGAGCACAUCGUGUGCACCCGCCCCCUCGCCAGUAGCAAACCGGCGCCGGUGCGAGGUUUUCUGGUCUUGUCGGACCUAUCGCUUGGCGCCACCAUGAUCUGCGUGAGUGCCACCUACGAGUGCAUCUUGCUGCCGCUGCUAUGCUCCGUGCGGGCGCCAUCGCCGCCGCUGCUGUGCAGCCGCUCCAACCCAGGAUCGGGCAGCUCGCCGCUUCGCGGACUGGCAGGGAGCUCUUUCGAGCAACACGUGCGCAACAUCCUGGCCCGGGGUGCUACCAACCCGCUUCUGCUCAAGGCGGGCGACGGGGAACCCUCACCCCAGGAACGUCUACAGCUCCUGAGCCGAGCCACGCAGGUGUUCCGCGAGGAGUACAUCCUGAAGCAAGACAUGGCUCGCGAGGAGCUCCAGAAGCGCGUCAAGCUACUGCGAGGCCAGCGGGCCAAACAACUGGAGGAGCUGGCGCGCUUCCACGAGGAACGCGCCGCCCUCCGUCGGGAGGCCGAGCGGCUGGCCGACAAGUACGAGGACGCCAAGUACCGGCAAGACGCGGCCUCCCAGCGCGUCAAACGCGCGCUGGCAGCUCAGCGCCUCCGCUUGCCCGUCCUGUCCAACAGCGAGAAGGACAUGCGCAAGGAGCUGCGUGCCGUGGCAGAGCAACUCAAGCACUUGGACAUCUGCAUCAAACAGGUCAAGAUGAAGAUGGAGUACCAGAAGACGCAGGUGGAGCGCGAUCCGCCCGCCGCCCAUGCCAGGGCCUCCAUCUCCCUUAGCGGGCCUCAGAAGAAGGUCGUGCGGGAAGUGCUUCGAGAAGAAGGCCAGCAGAUUGUGGACAUGAUGAAACAGGUCAAGGAGAUGUCCCGCCUCAUCGCCAUGAGGAGCUCCGACUUGGACUUGAGCAGCAAAUGA